AUGUGGGGACAUUCUUUCUUUGAGACAGCCUCAAGGCUUUUCCAUCAACGUUCCUCUCUAUGCAAGAUUCUCGUUGUUGUCACUGUGAGUGGGGGAGGCCUAGCAACAUUUCAUGAGAGCAAACCAGUCCAUACUGUAUAUGCUGAUUCGGCUCAGGAAGCCGAAACAAGCAAGAAAAAGAAGGUGGUAGUACUAGGAACCGGUUGGGCCGGAGUCAGUUUCUUGAAGAAUUUGAGGAGUUCUUCUUAUGAUGUUGAAGUGGUGUCACCCAAAAAUUAUUUCAUGUUCACGCCUUUGCUACCGAGUGUUACAUGUGGCACGGUUGAAGCACGCAGCAUUGUUGAACCAAUUCGCAAGAUUACUGAUAAGAAAGGUUUAGAUGUUGAAUUUAGGGAAGCAGAAUGUUAUCGAAUUGAUCCAAAGAAUAAGAAAGUUCUCUGUCGAUCAACCCAACACAGUAAUUUGGGUUUGAAAGAAGCUGAGUUUAGUGUAGAUUACGACUACCUGAUCGUUGCAAUGGGGGCCAAAACAAACACAUUUAACACUCCUGGUGUUGAGCAAUAUGCUCAUUUCUUGAAGGGAAUAGAAGACGCUGUGAGGAUCCGACAGACUGUGAUUGACUGUUUUGAAAGGGCAAGUCUUCCUAGCGUAAGCGAAGAAGAGAAGAAGAAACUUCUGAGUUUUGUAUGUGUUGGUGGCGGUCCAGCUGGUGUGGAGUUUGCUGCAGAGCUUCAUGACUUUGUAAAAGAGGAUUUAGCCAAAUUAUACCCUUCAGUUAUAGACUACGUAAAAAUUACUGUGAUCGAAGCAAGCGAUCAUAUUUUGAACAUGUUUGACAAGAGAAUUACUUCAUUUGCUGAAGGGAAGUUCUUCCGAGACGGAAUUGAUGUAAAAACAGGUUCACUGGUCGUAAAAUUAACUGAUAAGGAAGUCUCCGCUAAAGAUAGAGACACAGGAAAAAUUUCAAAUAUACCUUAUGGGAUGGUUCUCUGGGCAACUGGUAUCGGGCCACGCCCUGAGAUUAUUGAUUUUAUGAAGCAGAUUGGUCAGACGAAUCGGCGUGUUUUGGCUACGGAUGAAUGGCUGAGGGUGGAAGGAUGUGACGGCGUGUAUGCUUUAGGUGAUUGUGCAACAGUAAAUCAACGCCGCGUCGUGGAUGAUAUUGUUUCGAUAUUCCAAAAGGCAGAUAAAGACAACUCUGGUACAUUAAGUCUAGAGGAAUUUCAAGAAGUCAUGGAGGACCUCAUGGUCAGGUAUCCUCAACUAAGCCUUCAUUUGAAGAGCAAGCAUAUGAGGAAUAUUGAUGAGUUGCUGGAAAAUAGUUGGAAAAACCCGAAAGAUGAAAUCGAUAUUGAAACGUUUAAAGCAGCUCUUUCCCAAGCAGAUUCGCAGAUGAAAAAUCUUCCAGCAACUGCCCAGGUAGCUGCUCAACAAGGUGCCUACCUUGCCAACUGUUUCAAUCGUAUGGAGGAAUGUGAGAAGUACCCUGAAGGUCCCCUCAAGUUCAGGGAUGUUGGACGCCACCGCUUUCAACCCUUCAGGUACAAACACUUUGGGAUGUUUGCCCCACUGGGAGGAGAACAAACUGCAGCUCAUCUUCCAGGAGAUUGGGUCUCAAUUGGCCACAGCACUCAGUGGCUCUGGUACUCAGUAUAUGCUAGCAAGCUAGUGAGUUGGCGCACAAGGGUGCUGGUGGUUUCGGAUUGGGGAAGGCGAUCUAUUUUUGGAAGGGACUCCAGUCGGAUUUGAGACCAGAUGGGAGCAAAUAUAUCAUCACACUGGAACUGUGUUUCCACCAUUUGUCUUGCAAUGUAUUAGGUAGAGCAUUGGUUCCAUUUAUUUCUUACUGUCAAACUUGUAACCGGAUU